AUGUCCAAUAAGUUCCUAGCCACUCCUAAGCCAGCUCCCGAGCUUACCAUACCACAAUCUGACAAGUUCGUCAAGGUAUCAAUCAUUGACAGCACAUCUUACGUUGAUUUGCCUGCCGAGCUGUUCUUGAAGCCUUUCUAUAAGGGCAAGAAUCGAUUGACUGGACCUACUUUCUCCUUCCUAAUUGAACACAACUCCGGCAAGCGUAUCUUGUUUGACCUAGGAAUCCGCAAAGAUGUCGAUAACAUGGCCCCGAGCAUCGUACACAGCUUCAAGUCGAAAGGCUGGACUGUAAAGGCUGAGAAGAAUACGGCCGACAUCUUGCAAGAAGCAGGGUUUAAUAUUCAAGGAGGUGACAUUGACAGCGUGAUCUACAGCCAUCAUCACUUUGAUCACGUUGGAGACAUGACGACUUUCCCGCCGUCUACUCAGCUCAUUGUUGGUCCCGGCUUCAAGAGCGCUCACCUUCCUGCAUACCCGAUCAACAAAGACUCGCCCAAUUUACAAAGUGAUUUUGAGGGUCGUGAUGUUCGAGAGGUUGACAUCGUGCAGGAGGGAGCCGACCUGAAGAUUGGACGCUUCAAUGCUUACGACUACUUUGGUGACGGCUCAUUCUAUCUCUUGGAUACACCUGGCCACGCAGUUGGACACAUGUGCGGCUUGGCUCGAACCUCUGCACCCCUGGACGCACCAGCGACCUUUGUGUUGAUGGGAGGUGAUGCUUGUCACCAUGCUGGAGAGUUCAGACCUUCGCAGUACCAGCCUCUCCCGACAGAAAUCUCACCCUCGCCAAAGACACUACCUCAGCCUAUUUGUCCUGGUCAUCUUUUACAGGACGUACACUGCAACAAGAGCGCAAACGAGCCUUACUACGAGGUCACCGAGAGUUUCUGCCACGACUUGAAGCAAUGCCACUCGACUGUCAAGGGAAUGCAAGAAUUCGAUGCUUCAGAUGAUGUUCUCUUGAUCAUAGCGCAUGACGCAAGUUUGUUGGGAGCGCUUGACUUUUUCCCUGAUUCGAUGAACAAGUGGCGUGAAAAGGAUCUGGAUGCAAAGACGAGAUGGAGGUUCCUGGGCGAUUUCAGCGAGGCAAUCGACAAGCAGUAG